GUUUCGUCCAGUGUCUGCAGCCAAAGCCUCAAAGUGGAUUUAACAAACUACAAUAAAUUGCUGCAAUCCAGCAAUCAAUAUUUGCGGCCAGAUUAUCUGGCCGCACCGAAUGCGCUGGACGCCAAGAGCAGCCCGUUAGCUUUGCUGGCGCAGACGUGCAGCGCAAUCGGUGCGGAUACAACCAAUCCAAAACUGCUUGCUGCCAACAUUGAGAAAUCUACCAAAUCGACAUUGAAGUCCAGCGGUGCUGAUGGACGUGAUAAAUCCUCACCAGUAAGCAGUCAGUCAUCAUCCGUAUCAACCGGCUCCGUCGAACACAUCAAGUCCAGCUUUAAGCCGUAUGAGUCGAAUAAUAAUUUAAUCAACAACAAUCACAUGCGAGAGAGACUUGAAGCCGAAACGGAGCGCGCCACAAACUUGAGCACCAGUGCGUCGACGAACAGUUUAAAUCUCAUCGGCAAUGGCGGCCGAGUGCGUACACCAAAGAGUAACGGCAGCGGUGGCAUAAUGCUAUUGAAUGGUCAACAGCAUGCUGCACAACUGCAACAACAACGUUGUGACUCAAACCAAAGUGCCACCUCACAACGAGACUCGCCAGCGACCGGUAUCAAUGGUUUGCGCAAGAGUUCACCAAUAGGUACCGCUAGCGCAGUUAUGGAUCUGCAGCAACGCAUCAGUAAUAGUAGUAGUCCACAGCAACGUGCAUCCUCUAAAGAAUCGGCAGCGUUAAGUCAUGGUAUUAGCAGCGCACAAAUUAGUCCUAGCGCUGCGGCUGCGGCAGCUGCUGCCAGCCAAUCACGUCUACAGUCUGCUACGGAUUCAGCUAUAGCGGCAGCCAAAGAGGCGAACUAUGUGAAGGCGUUGCAUGCUGCCGCCGUGGCUGCAGGUGUGCCCACAACGAGCGCGGGUUCGCUACCAGGCAGCACCGCUUACUAUGCUGGCUAUCCGAGUGGCAAUCCGACGAGCGGCUUGUCAUAUCCCAUGGACGUAAUGACAGCUAGUGCGCUGAUGUCACAACAUCAUCCAAUGUUUAAGGCGGCCGCAAUGCAUCCCUACUUAAAUUAUGCUCGCCUGAAGGGCAUCGAUCCGGCCGCUUUAAUGACACCAAACAUCUGUCGUGAUCCCUACUGCACCGGCUGUCCAUCUUCUCCACAUUUUCUCAACAAAGCCGCCGGCCAACCAUGCCCGGCAGGUUGUCCACAAUGCGAAAGCAACGCCGGCAAAGCAUCGUCGUUGGGCGGAGGUGGUUCUUCGGCAGCCGCUGCAGUCGCCGCAGCAGCUGCUUCAUCAUAUCAUGCACAAUUGGCUGCGCUGGCCGCCGCCUCACAAAUGCCGUACGUCUGUUCGUGGAUCAGCGCAGAUGCGGCGUAUUGUGGUAAGCGUUUCGGCACCUCCGAUGAACUGUUCCAACACUUGCGUACGCAUACCGCAUCGCUGCCGGAUUCAGUGCUGAGCGCUGCCGCAGCAGGCGGUAUACCACCAACGCAUCCACUGUUUCAACGCACCUACCCUACGCCACCAUUGAGUCCACUGUCUGCCGCACGCUAUCAUCCCUACGGUAAACCCUCCAUGCUGCCGCCACCGCUGGCAUCGGCGGCCGGCGCUUUGGGUGGUCUACCCAUGCCACCACAUCCAGCGCUAGCGCAAUACUUUGCGCCCUAUUCUCUGUACGGACCGCCACGCAUGGGCUCCUCCCAUCCAUAGUAGGAGGCUGCUAGCGGUAGAACGCGCGAUGUCUACAGAACGCAUUUGAAAUAAAGAGCCAAGGUUUGCUGAAUGAAUACUACAUAUAUUCUUAAUAUCUUCAGUCAAUUUUGACAUUUAAUGUCCUCCCGCUGAUAAUCCCACGCUUACGGGGAAAUUUUUUGUAAAUGUAGGAGACGCGAGUCAUGGGACGCGUAAAGUGCUAGUGAUGUAAAUUAUUCUACGUGUGUUAUGUACAUAAAUAUGUAUGCAUAUGAGAUGUACAUAUGUAUAAAAUAAAGCAUGCUGAUAUUGAUUGUGCUGCAUGCAAUUAUAAUAAAAUAAUUAAAGUCGUAAUUAUCGUACUGGCAAAGAGCGUUUGCAAUAAACAAAAGAAAAAUUAUUUAUUUUAUUAACUAAACUAAUUGAAACUUUUAUCAAAGUAAAUAAUAAAUAAAGAAUAAAUUGUAUGUAUGUAUAAUCCAAAUGUCAAAUUGUAAGCAGAAGCAGCGUUGUUGUAUAUUUUAAAUUGUAAACCACAAAUGUAAUAAAAUUACAAAUAAACAUACUUUAAGAUUCAAUUAAGUCAUCAUCAAAGAAACAAUAAAACCACGUCAAAUAUAAAAUAUUAAAAAUAAA